AUGGUCCCAGCUAGAAGCGAGUGGCAGGCGGAGGCCCAGGGACUGAGCACCGCCUGGGGAGCGCAUUUAAUUUGGCACUGUAAUGCAUUCAGAGCUUCAGCAAGUGGGUUGCCCGAUCAGGAUUCCCUUGAUGUUGAGCGUGAACAGGCUGUUGCCAAAUUCUACAAGUUUGAGCUCCUUCGCAUGCUCAAGGUCCUCCUUGAGGCAGGCAUCAUUCAUGGGGACUUGAAGCCCGACAACCUUCUCCUACGGAAGAACUGUGCCUGGUGGGAGGAAAGUCUGCAUGACAGAGGCGUUCCUUACCAUCAAGAUGGAGCAGGAAGGUUCCAGAUUAACACUCCCGGCACGGUCUGCACUGCCGGCUAUAGAGAGCCUGCAGAGAGCCCAACACAGUUCUUGAGCCGACUUUGGCCAAUCUGGUGCUGCCGGAGGCGAGUUUGAGCCGCCUGCUGCAUCCAAAUCUGCCCAGGUUGACGCAUACAUAGGCAAGGCUGUACUCGCCCUACUGGCCGCCCGGCCAAGCAGGCGCCUCGAAGGACACGAGUAUGUCCCAAGACACGUUAGAAAGUCACGAAGCUCUAUGCAUUUAAUUCAACAUUCCGAGUCUCGAAAUGUUUGCGGCAAGCAAGCUAAAAUAUUGACCAGACGUUCCCGCAAUCAAGCCAUUCGUGCUCUGAGCUCAAGUCUGUCUGCAAAGUAAACCGACAAAUAAUAUGAUCUCUUGUGUGUAUAGAUUCAAUGCGCAGAUUAGAUAGGUUUGAGAUACGGUAUGCAUUCACGUCACACAGUUCUUCGUGCAAAAUUUGUACAUGCGGC